GAAGCAUCAACAAAAGCUAGAUACAGACUCAUUAAUCAAAACAGAGCAAAAGCAGCAGCGCAAGAAAAUGCGCCACCUGUGUAUGGUUUGUUAUAAGCGUAGUUUUAGAGAAUGACCUCCUUCAUGCUAACACAUCGUUACUCAUAUAGUGUACGCAGUGCAGCUGAAGUCGCUGCAACGGACCUUUUCAAUAUGUUUGAAGCUGUAAAAGAUGAAGAUAAAAAGGCAUCGAAACCGAAAGUUAACAUCAUGUUAGAUGACGAUAUUGAAGACCCCGAUGAUAUAAUGUGCAACUUUAUUCCUAUGAUCAAAGAAUAUUUGACCUUGCAAGACAAAAAUCAACCACAAGAGGAAAACGAAGACGACUAUGUUUACGAUGUUUAUUACAAAGACGACGCGGAAAUAUUGAGUCAACAGAGCAUUAACUCAAUGAAUGUGGGUUCACUUGUUUGGUUUGACGAUGAAUCUGAAUACAUCGACGACAGCGAUUCUAAUAGUGAAUUGGGUGAUGAGUUAGAUGAGGACUCGAAUGCCGAGGAUUAUUACCAAAACGAUUAUCCUGAGGAGGAAGAUAGUGAUGAAUUUGAGGAUGAUUAUGGGUACGAAGUCGUUUCGAGCGAAGAUGACGAAGAUUAUACAUUCCGACAGGCAUAAAAAAUCUGACAUGGAAAGGUACCAAAGAUAAAUAAAGUAUAC